CUCUCUUUCUCUUUCCUAAGCCGCUCUCUCUACUCUCUCUCUCUCUCUUUCCUGAGAAAUUUCUCGCAGCCGCCCAAGGAGACUCUCUCUGUAGCUAUCGUCGGCAAGCUGGAGGGCGAAACCUCGAUUCUGGUUGCGCGUGUCGUAGCGGGCGGAACCGUUUCGGGCUCGUCGACUUCGAAGAGGGAGCGAGAAAGUGAGCGCGUUUCUGGCGUGGGAGCGAAGCUCAGCUGGAUUUGCGGAUCGGAAAUGCUCGCUAUCUAGGGGCUGAUAUCGGGCUUCUCCGACACCGCUCCGAUCUUUCCGAUGCCGGGACCUGAGGCGCCGGGGCUGAUCUAGGCGGCGGCCGGUUGCGGUUCAGGUUCCCGCCGUCGCGCCGAGCUCGGCGGCGGCGCUGGCGAGGUGGAACUUGGGUUGGGAGCUAGGGUUUCGUGGGGUGGAUUUGGUUGGAGGAAGAACAGUGAUCGAAGACUAGUAGCUGGUAAAGCUUUUUGCUUUUGGUCUCUUUUUUGUGUUCUUUUGGGGGCUCGUUUCGAAGCUAGAAAACCCUAGAUUUCAGCUGGGAGUAGCGUGGCGAUGCCGGUGGAAUUGGAGAAUUCUUCCGUGAUGACCGUCUCCAACUCGGUCUCCGGCGAGGCCAGCGUGUCCUCCUCCGGCCAGCAGCAGGCCGCGCCGCUGCCGCCGCCCGCUCCGGCCAAGAAGAAACGCAAUCUCCCCGGAAUGCCAGAUCCGAAUGCGGAGGUGAUAGCGCUGUCGCCGAAGACGCUAAUGGCGACGAAUAGGUUCGUGUGCGAGAUCUGCAACAAAGGGUUCCAGAGGGACCAGAACCUCCAGCUGCAUCGUAGGGGGCACAACCUGCCGUGGAAGCUGAGGCAGAGGACGGGAAAGGAGGCGAGGAAGCGGGUGUACGUGUGCCCGGAGCCGAGCUGCGUCCAUCACGACCCCUCGCGGGCGCUCGGCGACCUCACCGGCAUCAAGAAGCACUUCUGCCGGAAGCACGGCGAGAAGAAGUGGAAGUGCGACAAGUGCUCGAAGAAGUAUGCCGUCCAGUCCGACUGGAAGGCCCAUUCCAAGACCUGCGGCACCCGAGAGUACCGCUGCGACUGCGGCACCCUCUUCUCCCGGCGGGAUAGCUUUAUCACGCACAGGGCGUUCUGCGACGCGCUGGCGGAGGAGAGCGCCAAGGCACAGACGAACAACACCAACGCCGCGGCACCGACUGCGCCGGCGAACAAGAAGGCGGAGGAGGACGGGAGGGCGGCUUCGGCGCCGGCGCCGGUGCCGGAGACGUCUCCGCCUCUGGCGACGAUGGUGCGGACCGAGUUGCCGCGCCAGCAGGUGGCGUCGCCGGAGCAUCAGCGAGAGCCGGAGAACCCAGCCUCUGGAAUUCUCCAGUACAUGCCGCCGCCGCCGCCGCCGCCGCCGCCACCAUCCUCCAUCACCAUUGGCAGCAGCAACAGCAGCGGCACCACGAGCAGCAGUGGGGGCAUUAGCAGCGGCAGCAGCGCCAGCCUGUUCGCAAGCCUCUUCGCGUCCGCCUCCGCCACCACCCCGGCGCAGGGCACCAACUUUUCUGACCUUAUCAGCGCAAUGAGCCGCACCGACCGCGCCCUUGCUGUGGAGCCCCCCUCUUUGUGCCUGUCUACCAAUGGGCCUGCUGCUUCCCUAUUCUCGCAGCCGCCUCAGGAGCGCCGCCCGUUUCAUCCGCCGCCACCGCCGUCCCCCCACAUGUCCGCCACCGCCCUGCUGCAGAAGGCCGCCCAGAUGGGCGCCACCGCCACGAGCUCCUCCUUCCUCCGUGGCUUCGGGCUCUCAACCUCCUUCGGUCACCAGGACGGCCUCAAUGACAGCAGCCUCCAUUGGCGUCCCCAGCAGCAACAACUGGAACCGGAGCCUGCCCCAAUUCUGUCGGCCGGUCUUGGACUUGGUCUUCCCUAUGAGAGCACUGCCGCCGCAGCAGUUCUGCCUGACCUAAUGAUGGGCCCGCCGCCGCUGUUCGGACCAAAGCCGGCGACUUUGGACUUUCUGGGGCUCGGGAUGGGACCGGUAGGUGGUGCGGCCACCACCGGACUAUCGGCGUUGAUCACUUCGAUCGGAGGAGGGCUCGACAUGGGUGCUGGCGCAGCUGCAGCUGGCCGUUUUGGAGGAGGGGGCUCGCCGGGGAAGGCGUGAACUCCAUUGGGCUUUGUCCUCCCAAUACCAGCGGGGCAAGUUUUAGAGGCUGGAGAUGGAGGGAGAACAUUCUCUUCUUCUUUGCUAUAUUUUAGUUCUUUCAAUCAUGUUCUUUUUCUUUUGUUAGAAGGGGCCAAACAGGUUGGAGGGCUUAGAGGUGUUCAUUUCUGCUUUUUUUCUCCUAAUAAUUUUGUUGCUUUAUUUUGUUAUCUAGGUUUAAAAUAUAUUUUAUAUAAAUAUAAUAUAGAUAUAGGUUAUAUGUA